CGAGCGCGGCGCCUGUUCCGCUCCCCGCGGCCGCCGGAGCCCCCGCGGCGCCGGGUUAUCAGGAAGGACUGGCAGAACUCCGCUCUAGUACAUGAAUUCAGCCCAUGGCCUGGAUCUCACCUCUAUUACUAAUAACUCGGGCUGGGAAAAUCCUGACACACGCCAGUGACAUCUGGGCGAAAGGUGACUCUCUAGGGACGUUUAGCUUUUGCUGUCAAUCUGGAUCAGCCUUUAGUUUGAGGAUUUAUUUGUGAACUGCCAUAGUAACUCUUGUGGUGGUGGUGAAAUCAUAAAGCUGGCAGCACAAUAAAGCAAGCCCUUAAGACUGUGUUUGAUCUCUAGGAGCUGAAAGUGCUGAAUAAAAUUUUCACACAACUUAAAACUACGUUUUGGAUUGGCUGCGUUAAGAUUGACGUUCUUCAAGCUGAGCCCGUUUUUCUAUUUUAAUAUUUAAAUAGAGACUUGUUUGAAAAGACAGUAUAUUUUUUAAAGGAAAACAAUGAUCAAGGAUGGACAUGUAUCAGCGCAUCAUUUUUUACUAAAUUGCUGUACAAGACUACUGUGUAAAAUAGGGGGUAGGGUAUGAAGAAAAGCCUUUUGUAUAAAUAUUGCAGUGGGUUUUUUUAUAUUAGAAAAUUGAACAAAUAACUAAAAAAGUUGUGUAACCUCUCCAUUAGUAAUUUUAUGGUAUUACAUGCAAAAUGGGUUACAGUUUUUACUGUUGGAGGCUGAAGAAGUAACAUUUUACUGAAAGGAUUGUGAAACUUGUUGUACCUGAGGUAAUCCAAGAUCACUUGAAACUAUUUUUUAUAUGAACAAGCAGGAAAAUGCACAUUCAAGACUAAUUUAAUUAAAGUUCUGGUGUUUAGCAAUGGAAAGCCCACAGAUAAACUUCCCUCUAGGUCUGGUUUCAGACCAGAAAAGGAGCAGGAUCCAAGAGGAUGGGAGUCCUCCACUGAAGAAAGCAAUGACAGAAAUGCAUGUAAAUAACAAAGUACAGGUUGUAAUAAAUAAAUUGCCAACAAUAAAGAAGGAAAACUUGGAUGACUACGAUGAAACUCCUGUGGAGGCUGAUGGGGAACCCGCCAAGCCAAACAGCGCUUCACUAUCUGAGCCUUUGAGUUUAAAUCCAGGUUUGAAACACACAUUGGCACAGUUUCACCUGAGCAGCCAGAGUUCUCUGGGUGGACCAGCAGCUUUUUCAGCUCGUUAUUCCCAGGAGACCAUGUCACCCACCGUCUUCCUGCCUCUUCCAUCGCCACAAGUACUCUCCGGCCCGCUGCUCAUUCCUCCGGACAGCUCCACGGAGCUCACCCAGACUCUGCUGGAGGGGGAAUCCAUCUCUUGUUUUAAAGUCGGGGGAGAAAAAAGACUUUGCCUUCCUCAAGUGUUGAACUCGGUUCUCCGAGACUUCUCACUGCAGCAGAUCAACACGGUGUGUGAUGAACUCUACAUUUACUGCUCACGGUGCACUUCCGACCAGCUUCAUAUCCUGAAGGUUUUGGGAAUUCUUCCAUUCAACGCUCCGUCCUGUGGGCUCAUUACGCUGACGGAUGCUCAGAGACUAUGCAAUGCUUUACUGCGCCCUCGCACUUUUCCCCAAAACGGCAGUUUUCUCCCCUGUAAGAACACCUUGGCCCAGCUGAAAGAGACUGGCAGUGCCUUUGAAGUAGAGCAUGAAUGCCUGGGCAAGUGCCAGGGGCUGUUUGCACCUCAGUUCUACCUUGCGCCGGACGACCCGUGCAUCCAGUGUCUGGAAUGCUACGGGAUGUUCUCGCCCCAGACGUUCGUGAUGCAUUCACACAGAUCCCCGGACAAGAGGACCUGCCACUGGGGGUUUGAGUCGGCCAAGUGGCACUGCUACCUGCACAUUAACCAAAAAUACCUGGGAACGUCAGAGGAGCGGGAGCUGAAGCAUCUCUUGGAGGAAAUGAAGGAGAAGUUCAGUGAGAAAAAUCAGAAAAGGACGCGGUCCAAAGCAGAGCCACAGCAGAACCUGGAAUUAUCUCAGUGGUAUCCAGUUAUAAAGCAAGAAGCAGAAACUGAUCCUCAACCACCCUCCUUUUUCCAUCCCAGUUACUACCUUUAUAUGUGUGAUAAAGUGGUUGCCCCGAAUGUCUCUCUUGCAUCACAAUAUAAGGAUGUUGCAAAAACAACAGUCAAAGCUUCAGAAGUAAUUAAAUCCUCACCUGGGCAGUCGGAGAAGAAGCUCAGCAGUGGAAAGCACAAAAAGGCUGCCUCCUAUCCAGAGGUUUCUCUUGAAGAACAGGAAAAAAUUGACUUGAAAAGUGGUGUGGAGCAGCAUAAACGUUUAGAUCCACCUGUGGUGCUGACUCGUCCUGCGAGAGGUGGGAAAUCUGAACGUGUUUCUUCCAAACUCACCAGAGACUCUGCCCGUGCUGAAACGGGGGGUGAUGCACGGACCUUGUCCCCCACGCUCAUGAAAGACAUCAGUUGUGAAGAUGACAAGGGAAAGAUCAUGGAAGAAGUGAUGAAAACCUACAUCAAACAGCAGGAAAAGCUGAACACCAUUUUGCGGAGGAAGCAGCAGCUCCAAAUGGAAGUGGAAAUGUUAAGUAACUCUAAAGCUAUGAAGGAACUGACUGAAGAGCAGCAGAAUUUACAGAAAGAACUCGAGUGUUUGCAAGCAGAUCAUGCUCAAAGAAUGGAAGAGUUUUAUUUUGAGCAGAGAGACUUGGAGAAGAAACUGGACCAAGUGAUGAAGCAAAAGUGUAGCUGUGACUCCAAUCUGGAAAAAGACAAAGAAGCUGAAUAUGCAGCACAGCUGGCAGAACUGAGACAGAGGUUGGAUCAUGCAGAGGCAGAUAGACAAGAGCUUCAGGAUGAACUGAGACAGGAACGAGAGGCCCGGGAAAAGUUAGAGAUGAUGAUAAAGGAAUUGAAGCUGCAGAUCCUGAAAUCUUCAAAAAAUGGGAAAGGAAAAUAGAAAUCGGAAGAGGAAGCACGACUGCCUGCUUCAAACAGGGUGUUUUGGUUUUUAAUGAGUUGUGAACAAUUUCUGUGUGCUGAGAAAAAGUGUUCUCUACAGGUUUCUGUUUCCCAGACAGGUCAGAAGAAGAUAUACAUAGAUAUAAAUAACUAGAGAUAGAUAGACAUUUUUAGAUUUUCCUAACCAAUGAAAAUCUGCAUUGAUUUGUACUGGUGUUUUUCUCAAACAAUGAAAAAUAUGAAACCCUUGGUUUAGAGUGACCAGUUUCUGUCUAUUUCUAACAGUCUUAAGGACUCAACACCUUUUAACACUGUCUGUUAAAACAUGUGUGGGUAUCUUUAUUUUGCUAUCAAUUGCACAUCCAGUUAUACAAGUACAUUGAGAACAUUCUGAAUUCUUCAAAGUCAAAAAUAGUUUGGGUUUCAGUGAGAAUUGAAUGUUCUUGAACUGAGGAAAGUAAAGGCAGCUUUUCAUCUGUUAGGUAAUGCUCAAAAUUGCCACAAUGACUGAUGAUUGAGCCUCAAAAGUGAUUUACCAGCAUGAGUUUUCCCCAUAAUUUCAUUAUGUGAAGUCAGGCUGAUCUUUUUAGUAUUGUCUGUUUAACAGCUCAUUAUCAAUCUAAAGAGUGCUAGAGCCAGCACUUACCUGCUGUGCUGGAAGAAGAAAACAUUGGGAUUUUUUUAAUUAAUUAAAAAAUUUACAAUUACAAUGGAAUCUUUGGAAGUUAAAAAUUCACAAGUUUUCUUCUGUUUUCUUCUAUGUAGUAGGUGUGAAAGAAACAUUAAUAAAAGGCUUAAAGGUGGGGCUUUUUCUUCUAGAAACGGAGAAAGCUUGACUUAGCUGUUUUCAAGAUUCUAAUGCUUUCAAGAAAAAUAUUUAUUAAGGAAUAUGUGUUAAUUUCUUUAGCACCCUAAGCCUCCACACUUUGAGCUUCUUGCCAACUUGCGGGUUUUUCUUUCGUUACAUAGAACAGGCCUUAACUGACAUUGUGAUCAUAGCUUAAAAAAGUAAAAUUCUGAGGUAUGGCACUUUGAAAAAUCAUUUUGAUAGUCUCUGUAUUUGACUGGCAUGGUAGGGUUACCAUGAGUUAAGAAAUACAGCAUGUUUGUUAAGCUAUAACGUUGGGAAAUGUGUAAUUGUACAGAAUUACUGUUUUAUGUAUAUAUAAUGUUUGAGUACUUCUGAAGUCUGGUUCCUAGUGGAUUAAAUGCAUGGCUACAGAGUUGGAUGAAGAAAUACUUUAUUUGCACUUCUCUCCAAAAAGUUGGAUACAGCUGGCAGAUGUCAGCUGAUCAUGUCAGUGAUAGGAAUAUUUUCGUAAUUCUAGUAUUUCACUACAUGAUUUUAACUUGUGCUUUAGCUUCUUUUUUUGAGGUCCUUAGGUUUAAUAUCCUCUUAAUAAUUCAGUUAAUUUUGGAUGAAGCCGCUAGUAAAAGCCUACGUUGAUUAAUUUUUUUCCCUGAACUUGUAAAACUGAAAACUUUUGAGCUCUUUUUUGUUUCUGUUUUAGUGGAAUAACAAGACUGAAUAUCACAGAGAAAGAUAAAAUUGCACAUAUCUUUAAAUUGAAUGAGAAAUGAGGUGGUAAAUUAAAUGUCAUGGAGUCAUAGGACGAUUUUUUUAUAACUAAGUACAAUUUUGUUUAUGAACUCUGUUUCAUAGUUACACUGACAAUUAAAGCAGGAUAGAUGAAAAGUUAUCAAUUGUCUUUGUCAGUGUUGAUGAGAAUCAUAGAAUGGUUUGGAUUGGAAGGGACCUUAAAGAUGAUCUUGAACCACCCCCCUGCCAGAAAAGAAAA